AUGGACAACUCGAGUGCACCGACGAUGACCUCUCCGGAUAACCCCAUCCAUCUGCUCAUCCUCGUCUUCUCUCGGCCCACCGAGCGCGGAGCGGAGCAGCGCGCGGCGCUGCGGAACGCGUGGGCCCACGAUCGACGGGCGUGCGGCUUCUUCACCGUCCGCUUUGUGCUUGGCGGUGGCAACUCAAGUGGAACCGCCACUGCGCACAACGACACUGUGGUGCUAGAUGUCGGCGAGGGCUACUCCUCCCUGUCGCUCAAGGUGCUGGCCGGCUUCGCGUGGGCGCUCGGCUCGGCGGCGCCAUCCUUUUCGCAUCUCCUCAAGACAGACGACGACUCCUUUGUGUGCGUUGGCGGGGUGCUGCGCUGGCUGGAGCGGCUGCCGCGGCGGAGGCGCGACUCGCUCUACGCAGGCUCGCCGCUCGCGCAGCGCUGCGCCGGCAAGGAGCACCUGCCCGUCCUCAGGCAGCUCGCGCUCCCCCGGCUGCUGCGCGACCGAAAGUGCCGCCGCGGCUGGCGCUUCCCACUCACCAUGCACGGCGCGGGCUACCUCCUCUCUCGCGGCACGGCGGUGCAGGUGGUGCGGCGGGCGGAGGCGCUCCACCCUGUCCCAAACGCGGAGGACCUGACGGCGAGCCGCACCGACCCGCACCUCCUCAACCGGCCACGGCCGAGCCCCGAGCAGCAGACGAAGCUGCUGGCGCAGCGCUGCCGCCAGGUCGUCGCCUGUGGCCGGCACAAGCGGCGAGCCAACGCCUCGUGCGACGACUUCCGCCCUAUGCAGAGCCGCCGUGGGGCAGACGCUGACCGGGAAGUGGCGGACGGCAGGGAGCGAGGAGCGCGCUGCGGCCUCGAGCUCCCACGAUCGGGGAGCUUCUCGGGCAGCGUGCGAAGAGAAUGGGGCCUUCAAUGGGCACUGGCGGAGAUCUACGCGCAGGAGCGCCUCGUGUUCCAGCAGGAAUAG